GACGGUUGGCAGCUGGAGGCAGAAACCCUUUUGCUGAUCCCGUGCCAAGCCCGGGCAUGGCCAGGUCCUCCUGGGUGACUCCAGCCUUUGUGACAUCCCCACCGCCCUCCCCUAACGCAGCUGCACACGCUGCGUCCCACAGCCAACACCAUGAGGUGCCCGGUGCCCACAGGAUUUAUCCCUUCUCCAGCCACCCAAGGGCACGGAUGGCACUUUUUGCCCCACCUCGCUUCUGCCACGCCGUGUCCUCGUUGCCCUACUGCACGGAGCACAUCUGCGGGUGCUGCCCCUUGGCCCCCCCCCCCCCACUCCUGCGUGCCCCCCCUUGCUGGGGACCCCCCCGGCGCUGCCGUCCCCUCCUCCCCCGGCUCCAGCAGCGAGGAAGAGGCAGUGCUGAGCCGGAUAUGCUGCGGCUCCCCGCAUCCCUCCCCGGCAGAGCACGGUGACGCCGCGGCGGUCGCCACCACGGAGAGGACGCAGGACCCCCCCCUGGGCCCCCCGUGCCCCUUCGAGGGGGCGGCCUGGCCCCCCCGUCCCUCCCAGGGCCCCCCCCAGGGCUGCUUUGCCUGCAUCGCCAAGCCCCCGGCCCUCCGGCAGGCAUCCCCCGUCCUGUCCCCUUCGUCCGCCGCGCAGCUGAUGGAGAGCAAGGGCUGCAAAGGGGACAGCCUGCGGCCGGCGGUCCCGUGCAAGCACUCGGUGGAGAAGAAGACCAUGACCAACCCCGCCACCGUCAUCGAGAUCUACCCCGACACCACCGAGGUCAACGACUACUAUCUCUGGUCCAUCUUCAACUUCGUGUACCUCAACUUCUGCUGCCUCGGCUUCAUCGCCCUGGCCUAUUCGCUCAAAGUCCGGGAUAAGAAGCUCCUCAACGACUUAAACGGGGCAGUGGAAGAUGCCAAGACUGCCCGGCUUUUUAACAUCACCAGCUCAGCCCUCGCCACCUUCUGCAUCAUCCUCAUCUUCAUCUUCCUGCGGUACCCCCUCACCGACUACUAGCGCCAGGCCAGCAGCAGCGGCCGCCGCCAGGAUGCCUCUAUGCCAGAAGUGUCUGCAGUUGUUUCCUGUAGCAAGGACGCAAAAAAAUUAAAACAACUCCACCUUGAUUUAAAAAGAAAAAAAGAAAAAAAAAAGUAAACACAUAAAUAAAAGUUAAAUGAGUUUAUCAGCCCAGCUGAGCCUACUCUUCCUGGCCGUAGACAGUAUUUGGGCUGCUGUAGGAAAGGGUCUCACUUGUACAGUGGUGCAGGGAGGAAGGCAGACCGAGAAAAGCUUAUUUUAUGGCAAAUAAAGCUGUGUGGCAGGGCACACGGAGCUGAGGGCUGAGUGUGACUCGCAGCUGCAAGUAUGGCCCGGGGGUCUGUGGGGUGCAGCUGGGGCUGGGGACACGGCUGGGGUGCGAGGUGGUGGGAGGAAGGCGACGUGCCUGAGAACCUGAGGCCAGCAGGAUGGCAAGGCUCAGAGCACGUGAGGAGUGCUCAGGCUGCCCACCACUCCUCCACGUACCUUUUAUUUCCCUUUUCUGAUGCAGUUUUGUUGAAUUUCACCUGCCGGUUGAAAUAACUUACUGUCCCUGGAGAGCCCCAAAGCCUCUAGAUGAACCCCAGUGUGUUAAAGGGCAGGUUUCUCCUUGGGCCGGCCCAGCAGUGCCGAGAUGGAAGGCACCUUCGGGGAAGUCGCACACCCCCUAAACCGAGUGCUGCUGUAUUUCUGUAAGACGGUCAAUAAAGAUACCUCCAAUGUC